GAAGAGGAAGAUGUUCCCUUUUGUCUAACAGGAGCUUUUUAAACACAAUUCCAUGAAAACUGAAUCAGUCUGGUUGGGACUCAAAAACCAAAACCCCUUUGCCAAGAGCAUGGGGCCAGUUUUUUGGCAGUAUUGCAGUUUUUCAUUGUGGGUUGACAACAGCUGUAAGAUUGGAAUAAUCAUCCCUCCUUUCUCCCCCCCCCCCUUUGCCUUGUCUAGUUAGGCUGGACUGUGAACUCUCUGGAGCAGGGGCAGUCUCCCACUAGGGGCAUGUACAGCACCUAGCACAACAGGGCCCUGCCCUCAGCUGGACUACAAACACUACAGAGGAAUACUCCACACUUGGUCCUGUUUUCAAGCAACCUUUCCCUGCAGCCGUUCUCUCUCCCCUCCCCCCUUCACCAAACAGGAGUAGCUGAAUACAAUCUAAUCUGAGCACAGAACCCCCAGUUUCUAGGCUUUUGCAGUGAAUAUUUUUCCACACAGCCCAAAAAAGCAACAUAGAGUCUGAGCCUCAUAAGAAAAGCCUCUUUGCCCCCCUGCCUUUGUCACCUCCUUUCUGUCACUUGCCCACCCCACCGCGUCUGACCACGCAACAUGCUGGGCUGUCAGAGACGUAGGAAGAGCAAAGCUGACAUGUAGUUACAGCAGUGUCGUCAAUGUGCGGUGUUGAGGUUGGCUGGUGAGCAGAUACAAUGCAAAACCUAAGACACCUGAAUCCGACACGUAUGAUGCUUCUACCAGGUGUUACCCGUGCUCCACUACCACCAUUGGCCCUGGGGGGCACCCUCUCCCCUGCAGCUCACUACGUGCAAGGGUGCAUUUAAAUCCCUUCUUACCAAACACACUUCUUCCCGAAAGCCUUGUGGUGAGAACCCACCCAGCGUCAGCUAGAGACUUGCACCAAAAAGUCUCUAUGGUUUGAAGUUCAGCUGCUUGGCCUACGCUACUGCAUUGGCUGGGCCGGACUUCAGCUAAAGCAUGCUUGGGUUCUUACCACCUUACAGCUGGGGUCACCACUUACACUUGUGCAGAGCAGGUGUGAAAUGCUACCUGUGUUGGUGCUGGGGCGGUAGCAAGCAGUGGAGAAGCAGGUCCCUUCAGUAUCUGUUUCCCAUCGCACCAAGGAUACACUAGGUGUCUGGCAAAUGACAGGAGUGGAACACAGCAUUGUAAGAGUCCAGCUGUAUUUGACUGGAAAUUCAGAGGAGAGUAAUCUAGUACAGGAGGGGUUAAAAAAAGACAAACCCAAGAGCACGGUAGAAGGGAUGACUUACCACUGGCAUGCUCCCUCCAGGCUAGGCAUAGUGUAGCAGCAUCUUCUCCUGUAGCGGCCUCUACUAACAGCCAGUCUGGCCCUGAGGUGGUCUACUUCUUCUCAGGAUUCAGCCCCCCAGCUGAGUCACAUGAUGUCUCACCCCUUCUAGGGUAAUAGGGUAACAAACAAAUGUCCAAUCCCUCUGCCUGGUCUGCCACUCUUGAGUCUGAGCCCAGUAGAUUGUACACACUUUUCUUGGGCUUUGUACACCUUACCAGGGGCUGGCAGGGGAAUGCAGGCCCACCCUCCACACUAGGCUCCAGUCCAGGUACCCUAGGACAGGCAGUGAAAGGUCAUUCCACCAGACUCCCUACUACUACCUCCCUGGAGGUAUUCCUACCAAGCCUUUGUCCUCAUCCUCCAGAAGCCUGAUCUUACUGGUCUGGUCUCUCCCUGCUACCAAAAGAGUGGUUGCAGAGUUUCUCCCUGUACCCCUCUCCCUUUAUGUGCUACACUUCCUCUAUUUAUAGCAUCACACAGUCCCUCCCCACUGGGUUUCAUCAUUAAUUAGGCCUGGCCAACCCUCCAGGUGCAACCAGGUGGGUUAAUUGUGUGGACUCUCCGGUCCUCUUUAGUCCUUUCAUCAGCUGUGUGGGGUAGGCACCAUAUCACAAGUCCACUGCUUAUGUCCCAGGUAACUUGGAGCUCCUUAAAUCAGGAGGACUCUCCAGACCUGUGAGGUAUAGUCCUGAGUUUUAGUGAGCCUGUCUGCACUGCCUGAGUGUAGGCAGAGCAGUCUAAAGCCCAAAAGCCCUGUCAAUGCAAGCACUGAUCUCAACCCUAAACCUGGGCAGGAUUUUCUGGGGACAGCUUCUCUCUUGAUUGUUGCAGACCCUUGCUGAGGGAACAUCCACAGGACGUACAGCUCUGGCUCCUCAGUGCAUGGGUUAAAGAAAGCGGCUUUAGGCACUCUGACCCAGCACUGCAAGAGUUAAACCAGCUACAGUCUCUCUUGCUGGGACCCUGCAGGGGAUGUGGCAUUACGUCCCAGCAAUGCAGGGUUAAGAGCCCCAAGUGCUCACCUGGCUCUGCCGGAUCUUUAUUUCCAUCUAUCUGUCCAAGCCCCCAGAGGGAACACGCACUGAACUCCACAUGAAUGACUGGAGCCUUUCCAGCUGACAACAGCAUCUCUGCCCCUCCACCAAUAGCAAUGCACCGCCACCCAGCACUGGAAGCAAUGACAUCAUUUCUGGCCAAUGGCAGCUCAGCAAAGGGAUGCAGCUGCAGUCUUGGAGUGAGAUAACGAAUAUCUAGAUAGAUGGAUGUGCAUACUCAUGCCCUGGCUGUGUCUACACUAGAGACUGAACCAGUAGCAUAGCGCCCAUCUAAGUACCAACACUGCAACAUGUCCAUCAUAGCCAUGCUGACUUGCCUUCAGCUUUGCCCGACAUCCAUACAACUAUCUGCAGUUGCACUAACUGCUAUUCCAUAGUACAGCCCCCUAACAUUUCAGAGUCCCCCCCACCCCCCAUCCCACGCUCAUGUUUCAUUGUUCCAACAGAACACAGCUGCCGUGAGAGGUCAUGUAGCCAGGAGCAAUCCCAAAAGAGGGCUUUGAAUAUCAGGACAGAGACCUUGAACUGGAGUCUGACCUCAGUGGGGAGCCAGUGCAGAGAGUGGUCUACUUGAGUGAUGUGUUCAGUGACCUAUGUUGCUAAACAGACGGGCUGGUGCGUUCCGUACCAGUGGGCGCUCUUUCGGGAUGUGUGGCUUCGUUCCUAGAUGGAAUGGAGGAGUGAAGUGUUGUUGGUUUUGGUAUUAAAGACCAGUAUGAUUGAUUGUGCUCAUUACACAGGCUUUCCCCCAGAUUCUACUUUAUUAUACACAAACAAAAAUUCAGGCCAGCUGCAAUGGCAAACCAGGGUAACGUAGUUACAUGAACAAUGGUAACUGAAUAUUUUACAGGUGCAUCUUGUCCAUCUAACUGGGGAUUCUAGUCCUCUUAGGUGACUGUGGCAGAGGGGUGCAAUACCUGGAGUGAGGGCUAUGAAGGAGCUGGAGAGUAGGAGGUGCUCCAAAGAGCACUAUUAACCUGUAUCUGGCAGGUGCAGGGGCCAGUUAUUAGGUUCAAUGUGAUGCCUGAGUCCUUGGAAAAACUCUCAUUAGAAUUGCCUGGUCUCAGGUCUCCUUCCCCAAUCAUUCCACUUCUGCCUGAACCUGUCCAGUCUCUUAAAAGCGGGCAUCAUUUUUACCUCCUUCCAUCAUUCACUCCAAGACCCUUCUCACGUCCCUCUACGUGUCCCAAGUAUUGGUUUUCCUUGCUUUUCCUGGUCCUUGGGCUUCUUAGCCGUUCCACCAUGGAUCGUGUCCUCCGGCCCCACAUCUGUAACAGGUGCUACAAAGAAAAAGAAGUGGAGUUGACAGCAUCCCUGUGCAGAGGGUUCCAGCAAGGGACUGUCAGGCAAUUCUUGAGUUCAUGAGGAAAUUAGAGUUACUCACAUGGAUUGUAUCAAAGGAACCACUCCCUGGAUGGAGAGGCUAAAAGAAGUUCUGUGGGGUUUGAUGGAAACAUGCAUUACUCCUGCAACUGAUUUGCAUUUUCAGACACAACUGCCGAGGAUCUGGGGGCGAGGGGGAAAUAAGGGCUAAGAUUAAUUCUCUCGGCUAGACUGAUAAAAAGGUAUCUUGUGCCUGACAGCAGGAGGACAUGUGGCGUAAGCUAACUCUCAUGGCCUGUACUAGUUGUACAUAGAAAAUAUGCCCAGGAUUGUCUUUCGUGCAUUAGCUAGAAAGAAUGAAAUGGGACUGCAGGUGGGUAAGAGAAACGUGUCUCUUAUUGCCAUGUCUGGCCUAGGGCAGAAAGAGAAAAUGGAGUGUAAGUGUCUUGGCUACAGGGCCCCCCUGUAAUUCCUUUCAAUAAAAUUCUCUGAUUCUCAGCCUCUCUCUGCCCCUUCUAGUCCAGCCGAAUAGCAUGGCUCAGCCAGUCGCCGAACUGGGCAUUCUCACCCCGGCUGGAAGCUGGCCUACUACUGCGGGGAUGCCAACCCUGGGGAACUAACCCGCUCAUCUGGCUGAUGGCAUUCGGCAGCCGGUGCUGUGCUGCGCAGGGACGGGGGAGGGAAGCAGGGAGAGGAGGACUCCCCCUGCCUUCUUCCAAGCAGUAAUGGCAGCAUUCCCAGGAACCUGGAAGACCGUCUCAGCCCCCAUAGAGCUUGGGCAGAAGGUUCUCUUCCUCCUGCUGAGCCAGCAUGGCUGCUGUGUUGGACUCCCCGAGCAGAUCCUGGUAAUGUCUGUGGCAGCUCCUACUAUUGUCUAGUUCUGGCGUGACCGUUUCACCUCCUCCUUCCUCCCCACUGUGCUGUGAGUUGCCUCCCUGCUCUCUAGUAGCAUACUGGGCUGCAUGGAAGGGCAAGUGCCAAGCACUUGGUCCAGGUACUUCUGGAACACGCAUGUUCUUUACCCUGCACCAGAUGUACUGUUAUUGUCCUGGUCCUUGUGCGGGACCGUAAGUCUCUUGAUCUCUUGGCAUUGCUAACUGCUCUGGGUGCUGCCCUUCUCAGCUAGUCAACCAGAAUGCCCGGUUACACACCAGAGUGUUCCUAUGACAGCAUUCAGCUGGCCUUGGAUCUCCUCAUCUUGCCAGCGCCUGCUUGUCGGCUCCUGGCCAGCUGGCAGCACGCUCAUGGGAAGGCCUCCUCUGAGACGCGCUAGUGACUGAGGCAGAAUCAAGCUGAUUGCUGGGAUAAUGGUGCAUAACUCCAUGGUGUGCACAGGGCUGGUUGUGCACAUGGCGUCUGGCACACAUGACCCUGUGCAGAAGGCAGACCAGACAGGCAAUUUAAGCAGCGACAGUGGGAGAAGGAGGGCUGCAUGCACCAACGAUGCUCUCACACCAGCAAUCCCCAUCCAUGCUGGCACUGCACACUGAAGGACCAUGCGGGCUGAUUCCAAGCAUGUCUAAUGCAGAUGGUGCACUGCUAGCACGUCUGCACAUGGAUGUACAGCGCGUCACAGGCGUGCAAAGGGGACCAAGUGGAGGCUAAUGCAGCACACUCUAGUGUAGACAAGGCCAUCCAGGGACAGCUAGGGAAUAAACAGUGCACAGCACAGGGCUGGAAAGCAUGGCAGAGCCCCUGCAAUGGUGGGAUCUCUCCAUCCAAUCAGCAGGGCAGCUCAGGGUGCUCUCUGCUCUCCCCCCUCCCCACCCCUAAGGCAAGAGUCUCCUGCUCAUUCAACACUAUCCCUUUUUUCUGCUAGUUUAGCACUUGGCCAACAGCACUAAUGCUGUCCUGGCCUCUGGCCAAAUCCAGUCUCAGGGACAGUGGGUGCUGCUUGGCUGGGCUUGUUUGGUUUUGUUAUCCUGCAUAUUUGCAUAUGUGGAUGGUGAGGAUUUGGGGAAAGCCCACAUGUACGAUAUUGGCUGGAACAGUCACUAAUCCGGGGGGGAGGGGGAAACAAAUCCAAGACUAAUCUAUUUAUUGCGGGCGUAACAUUGGAGGUCCUCAGGCUGACUAAUGCCAGUUUCUUAUCAAACAGACUGAAAUAGACCAAACGCACUCCUCUCACUUAUUCCUUGCUUUAAAAAAAAAGACGAUUUCUGGAUGAUUGCUAUUGAAAACUGAUAUUGUGGUAGCAUCUUGCUGCCACCCAAGUUGGUGCCCCAUCACACCAGGCGCUGCAUCCCUGUGGCUUGUCUUCUGCCAUGUGUAAGGGUACAUCGGGGAUGAGGUGCAUGAGGGGGUUGAGGGGGAGAUGGCUAUCGCCUGCAGGGGGAACUGAUGCACCGAGAGGUGAGAUAGCGUGCUCCCACUCUAUAUGGGGUGAGCUGACUCUACAAACCUAACGUACUGUGGUGUGGGUCCUGCUGUAUUUCCAGGAGGAAGGGCAGGGGGGAAGCUUUCAUUGCGUGGAUGGAGUUGUGAUGGGAUCCUGGGGGCUCUGCUGCACGUGCCCACGCAGUCCAUUGACUGUCUGUCUAUUUAGGUUAGUGGCAAAGGUUAAAGAGCCUCCCGGAGUCUCUCUGGCGAGAAUGAGGUGUGUGCCUGAGGGGGUUGGAGAGAGAUCUCUGGAGCAAGCUAAUGGGGAGAGGGAAGGGCCAUUCUCCCAGCUAAAUGAUGCAAUGACUAAUUCUAGGCAGCAAACAGCUUUGAAAAAGCUCUUGCUGGCACUUUCUGACCCUCAGCAGCGCUUCCUCUUCUUCCUCUGUGCAUGCUGAGCUGGGGUCACUCCCAUACCCCCCCCAAUUGCUCUGGAUUGCCCCCAAUUCUCAAUACAACUCCCUGUUAUUCUCCAAGGUACCGCUGGGAAAGGGGGGAAAACUAAAGCGGGAAUGAAACAGCCGGGAGAGCUGUUUUCCCCCCACUUCGGGCCGCUCUGAGAGUGGCUGCAUCAGCAGAGAACAGAGGGGAUGGAAAUGACAUAAUCACCAAUUCCACACCCCCCACCCCGAGCCCUCCCACUCUCAGGCACUAGUGACUUCAAUAGGAUCCCCCCACUGUGGGGAGUCCCACCCCAGACCCCCACUGCUCCACCCCCUCUGUGUGGCUCAUGUACUGCCAGGUGGGCCCUGCAGGCUGCACCUCAGUGUACAUCCUUCCGCUCCGCAUCCCCUUCUGCCCUAGAAGCUAGUUUGGGAGGUGUUUUAUUGGAAGCCUUUGCUGCAGGGGAGGGAGCCGCCAUGAACAAGCUGCUGCCGCCACUCACAUGGAGAGAUGCGGGCGGCUCCAUGUCAGAGGAUGGGGUUGUCAUGGCAACGGUAUCUGCUCAGGCCUAGGCCCCCUGGGAGGGAGCUGGACUUUGGCUGCAUCCCCUGGCUACCAUUCAUUGCUAAUAAAGUUCAGCCGUGUUGCAUGGGUUUGCCUGUGUGUUUAAGGACUUGAGGGCAGGAGAACCCCAGCUAACGGGGAGCCCGCAGGAUACCUGCUGCUCCCCCUCAAGUCAGUGGGAGUUCUGAGUGCUCUGAACCUCACAGGAUUGGGCCCCAGUGCCGUCAGAGGAAUUCACAUCCACCGCUCCAGUCCAGUGGUAGAGACAUAGCUGAGCACAGGCAGACACAUGGGGUGCCAUGUCUCGAGGGCUCCAGAAGAGUGCAGGGCUCACUCCAAGCACUCUGCUGCAGGUUCCCAGGAGCCACCAGCAGGUGGGAGAAGAAAGGGUCUGGUGUGUGGGAUCUGGUUGGAGCCCGUGCCAGUGCAGUUAGUACAAAGGAUUCUGGGAUACUCUGGGGAAUGUCAGGAGCAAGGUUGUCAGCCCCAUCUCGGCCCAGUAUGCCACUGGGCAGCACAGUACAGUACAGUACAGCUUCACAGAGCACACAUGAAUUUGAAGCUGCUGUGAGCAAUCCAGAUCCCCUGAAAUCAAUGGAGUUUCACCUGCUGGUGACAGGUCUGGAGUUGGCCCCUUCUGGUCUGAGGCUGUAUCUAGGAUCCCCAAAAUACUUGGUAACUGUUGUUUGAGUCGGGAGAGUUCAAAUAAAAUGUCGGAGACAGAGGAAAGGGAGAAGAGAGACUUUAAAUCAGGAGGAAGGCUGGAUGGAGCAAGAGAGAAGGCAGCUGUUCCAGAAGGCCGUGGCUGCAGAGCAGAAGGCACUUGCACCACAAGCGACUAGUGCAUGCAGUGGUGGGCUUGGGGACAGAAAAAAGGCAAGUUCCUGUUGAGCAUGGAGUGGGAAGGUCUGUGGAUUAGCUAGGGCAAGCCGAGGGAGGAGUUCAAAACAAGAAGGGCAGUUUUCCAGUUCCAGGACAAAUGAACAUGCUGCCAGCAGAGCAGAGGAUAGGAGGGUGUAAUCAUGCAUCUGUGUACUUGAGGUAGCUGGGGAAGCCAUAGAGAAUGGGGUUGUAAGAGGAGAUGAAAGCUUAGCUCGGGACUUCAGCAGAGGUGACAUAAUGUACACAGAGGGAAUUCCUGGGAGGUGAUGACAGGCAGAUUUGCAGAUGGAAAGCUUGUGGUUUAGGAUGAUGCCUACGUGGAAGGCACAUGGGAGGUCUGAUUGCCCAAGAGAGAAUAGUCUGCCUGAGACAAUUAGCUGAAGGAAGCUGGGAGGAAACCACAAGUUUACUUGGUCAAGAUGGAUGGGGAGGAAUCAUUAAAGGUGUCAAGAGAUGGAGCAUCGAGUAUCGUCAGGGUAGAGAUGUUUCAGGUUAAAAAACCGAAAAAGGAUUGAGGUGGUAGAGAACAGGAGGAGGAAAUGAACCUUCUGGGACUCCGUAGAGAAGGCAUCUCCACCAGCGAAAGAGUCUGAUAGGUAGGACCAGAUCCGUGACCAGAGAGCACUUGAUAUGUUACACAGCUACGGAAGGGACCCAGGAGGAGUCGUCCUCCAUGGUGUCAAAGGCUUCGCUAUGGUCCAGGAUAGCGAGGCGGGAGAAAGCUUCAUCAGCGGAAGAGAAGCCAUACUCACUGUAAUGUGGCUUCCAGCCUCUGGCCAGAGUGAGAAUAGCCCACCAGGAAGGUGGUUGGAGAGCUGACCUGGAGCAACGCGCUCUAGUGCUUUACUAAGAAAGGAGAGGGUGGCUGGUGACGGAUGUAAAAGAACUGGGGCAGGAACGGAUAAAGGAGCUAACCUACAGAGAAGGUCUGGAGAGCACGUAGACCUGUGGCAACAGAAGGAGUGGAAGGGGAGUAGACAGGAAGGUGUUGGGCAUGGGGGCAACAUUCUAAUGAACCAAGGCCAGCUGUCAUGCAAGUGCAGUUCUCCAAGGAGAAGUACAUCCUUGACUCUUCACCGGAGAAGCUUCAUAAAGAGCUGGAGGAGGAGCUGAAACUGAGCAGCACGGACCUGCGCAGCCAUGUGUGGUACCAUGGGCGCAUCCCCCGAGAGGUGUCGGAGAGCCUGGUCCAGAGGAACGGGGACUUCCUGAUCCGUGACUCGCUCACCAGCCUGGGGGACUACGUGCUGACGUGCCGCUGGAGGAACGAGCCGCUGCACUUCAAGAUCAACAAGGUGAUGGUGAAGUCCAGCGACGGCCGCACCCACAUCCAGUACCUGUUCGAGCAGGAGAGCUUUGACAACGUGCCCGCCCUGGUGCGCUUCUACGUGGGGAACCGCAAAGCCGUCUCCGAGCAGAGCGGCGCCAUCGUCUACUGCCCCAUCAACCGCACCUUCCCGCUGCGCUACCUGGAGGCCAGCUACGGACUAGCCAAUGGGAAGCACAGCGGGCCCCACAGCCCCGCCAGCCAGAAAGGGGGGCACAUCAAGAGGCGGAGCAUCACCAUGACGGACGGAUUGACGGCCGACAAGAUCACCAGGGGCGAGGGGUGCCCCACCAGCGUAUCCUUACCGCAUCAUCGAGACGUCAUCCGGAACUGCGCAGUCAGCGUGGACCAAAUCCAAGAUCUCCAUUCCCCAAUGUCUCCCAUCUCCGAGAGCCCACUGUCUCCGGCCUACAGCACCGUGACUCGGCUAAAGCCCCAAGGGGGUCAAGCUGGUGGCAUUACCCCAGCCUCUCCUGUCAUAAGAAGAUCCAGCGAGCCACAGCUGUGUCCAGGAAACAACCCCCUGACAGACCUGGCUGAUAGCACCCACUCCACUCCCUGCCAUGGGUACUCCACGGCCUCUCCUUCCCCCUCUGUUAACAGCUAUAGCGACCCGGACACAGGGCAUUACUGCCAGCUCCACCCCACCUCUCCUGUCGGCCAGGAGAGGCCGACUCAUGACACCAAGCCGCUCCCCACUAAGAGCUAUGUGGAGAGGUUGAAGGUGGAGGGGGGUCAGAGGGUGACUGCAGAGAACGGCUCCAGCGAGGCAGGGCAGAGGAUGAAAAGGGAGCAGGACAUUGUGGGCUUUGUCUCACCCACUGUGGAGAUGGGCUCGUCUUUCAACCCUGUGGCGUUCCAGUCCCUGCUGAUCCCCCUGGAAAACAAGCCUCUGGAAAUGGCUGUGCUUAAGAAGGUGAAGGAGCUCCUGGCAGAGGUGGAUGCCAAGGCCCUUGCCAGACACAUCACCAAAGUGGACUGCCUGGUUGCUAGGAUACUGGGUGUUACCAAGGAGAUGCAGAGGCACAUGGGAGUGAGCUCAGGCAUGGAGCUGCUCACCCUGCCCCACGGCCAUCAACUUCGACUCGACCUCCUAGAACGGUUCCACACCAUGUCCAUAAUGAUUGCGGUGGAUAUCCUGGGCUGCACAGGCAGCACGGAAGAGAGGGCAGCCCUGCUGCACAAGACCAUCCAGCUGGCUGCCGAGCUGAAAAGCACCCUGGGGAACAUGUUCAGUUUUGCUGCUGUGAUGAAUGCGCUGGAAAUGACCCAGAUCUCGCGGCUAGAGCACACCUGGAUGGCGCUGCGCCAGCGGCACACCGAGGGGGCCAUCCUCUAUGAGAAGAAGCUAAAGCCCUUCCUGAAGAGCCUGAAUGAAGGAAAAGAAGGCCCUCCGCUGACCAACACCACCUUCCCUCAUAUUGUGCCCCUUAUUACACUCCUGGAGCGGGAUGCCGCGCUCCUGGACAGCCCUGAGCCCUGGGAAAACACGGACAAUGGCGUGGAGGUUGUCAUGGCCCACCUGGAAGCAGCGCGGAUGGUGGCGCAUCACGGGGGACUGUACCAUACCAACGCAGAGGUGAAGCUUCAGGGAUUCCAGGGCAAGGCUGAGCUCCUUGAGAUCUUCAGCACUGAGUUCCAGAUGCGUCUCCUGUGGGGCAGCCGCGGCGCUGAGAGCAGCCAGCGGGAACGCUACGAGAAAUUCGACAAGGUCCUCACAGCAUUGUCCCACAAGCUGGAGCCCUCUGUGCGGUUCAGUGAACUGUAACCGACGUGGGACUCGGAGUUAAACUCACAGAGGGAGAGUGGCACCAAUCAGUCCUUCAAGAGGCCAAGUAACCAGGUCCCCAGUCUGCAAGCCAGCCCACUCCUCAUGCAGCCAUGGGGGCUAGGAAGCUGUGGGUACCACAGACCCAGAAGGGGAGCCAGCCAGGCGCGAGGGCGUGAGGAAGAAAGCUGGCAUUUAACAUCUGCAAAGGAAAGAACUGACCAGGAGUGAAAUCACGGCAUUGGGAUGGGUACAGCUGUAGCUCUCUGGAGAAGAGAAACCUUCUGAAAAGUUCCAGCAUGCCAGACUGAUGGGGGAGGGAGCCCAGAACAGCUAUUAUGAUAUAGAUCCAUCCGUGCUCCGCACAUGCAAACUACAGGAGGCUGCAUUUUAAUUUCCACCCAAAGCAGUGACCUCCCCUCCUCAACCACCAAUACAAAUCAAUAGUGAAAUCUCACUAACGGACCCUCCCCACUAACAUCCUAUCGAAAUUCCCUGGGCAGUCCCGGUGCAAAUGUUUUGAGCGGCACAUUUGUGGAGGAAGGAGAGCGCUGAUCACUCCCAGCCAUGAUACCUCCUGCUGAUUCUCAGCUGUAGUUUAGGCCAGUGUGUGCAUCCCAGCUGAUCUACACAAAGAUGCCUGUGAAGCCAGAAAUCCACCUCCUCUGGCCCUGCAAUCACAAGGUAUCUCAUUACCGUUGUGUUCUUCAUUCAGCCUUGCUGGUUCUCAGCCACGUGGGGUCCAGUUGCUAUGAUCACCCAGUGCCGCCCCCACUCGUACAGCCUGUUGGCCUCAGAUAUUUUAUCUUUUCUCUGUCUUGUCUGAGGCCUCUUAAUUCUGCCUGUAAAUAAAUUUCACAUUUACUUCUUGAUGUACAGACUUGUGAGGGCGUUCUUGUAAAUAAUUAUGCUCGCGUCAUUUCGUCUUGUAAAUAAGUGUACAUAGAUCAUGGGGGAAGUGGGGUAUUUUUGUUGUUGUUUUUGGUUCUUACAUACAAUAAACUUUUAUGCUCUUCCUCAA